AUGGCCUCUGCCCACGCCGCCCAGGCGAUUGCCUCAGGCGACCUCACCGAUCUUGUCUCGUCUUCCUCGUCCGCGACGGUCUACCCUUCCGACGACACCCUCCUUGCCGUUCUUCAAGCCCGCUUCCGUUCAGACCUGCCUUACACCCGCGUCGGCGCAUCCAAUCUCAUCGUUGUUAAUCCAUACAAGACUCUCGCCAAUGUGAACGACAUCAGUGCCAAGGAGUACGAGGAGCGAUGCUACAAGGACACCAGCUUCCCGCUCCCGGGCACCCAGAGCCUCCCUCCCCAUCUUUACGACCUCGCUGCGAGGAUAUAUCUUCUCAUGCGGAGGAGGACAGAGUCCCAAGCGGUCGUCUUCAGGCAAGUCCCGGGUAUCACGGCGUCUGGCAAGAGUGCAAGCUCCCAGCUGCUCGUCAACCAGCUCCUCCGGCUGUCGACUCACUCAAAGAAGGAGGCCAAGCUCUCUGAACAGCUCAAGUCGCUUUCCACACUCCUUGAUUCCUUCGGGAACGCGAAGACACUCGUUAGCCCCAAUGCUUCACGGCACAGUCGAUACCUCGAGCUCCAUUUCAACGACCGUGGGCGCAUACAAGGAGCGAAAGUCCUUACAUACGGCCUCGACAAGUCCCGCCUUUCCCGCCUGACCUACGAGGAGCGCACGUACCAUAUCUUCUAUCAGUUCCUCGCAGGUGCCACGCCAGACGAGCGAGAUCGCUAUGGACUGGAGGACGUGUCCGACUAUGCCCUCCUGUCGUCGUCGGGCUGCUACCGGCUCCCGUCAGGCCCCUUCAGUGACGACAGCAUCGCAAUGGAAGACCUUCGCGUAGCGAUGAAGUUGCUCGGGUUCAAGGCGAAGCACUUUUCUUCCAUUUUCAGCCUCAUCGUCGCCAUCCUCCUCCUCGGCAACCUUCAAUUCGGCGAGGCGGACGCGCGCGACGUUUCGGCAUACAUCUCGAACCCCCUGGUGCUCGACCAGGUCGCGCGUCUGCUCGGGGUUCCCUCCGAGGAGCUUAGCGAGGUGCUGACCAACAAGACGAGCUACGUCCGCAAGGAGCUAUACACGGUCAUGAUGAAUGCAACCCAGAGCGGCGCCCAGCGGGAUCAACUCGCAAAGGACCUAUAUGCGAUCCUCUUCGCGUUCGUCACGGAGACGGCCAACCACAAGUUCGCGCCGUCGUCGCAAGACCCACCUCCGGCGACCCAGGUCGUGCUUUUCGACGAGCCGGGCUUCCAGACCAAAGGCAUCACGCAGUCCGCCUCGAUGUACUUUGGUGGUCCCACUCCUCUCAUCGGUACACAGAACCAGUCUGGCUUCGAGGAGUUCUGCAUCAACUUCUCGAACGAGCUCGUGCACUCGUACAUUCUCCGCAACACCUUCGAGGACUCGGUUGGCCACAACAGCCAGCUGACGGGUGAUGGCGUCGCCCUCCCUGCCAUCUCCAUCAUGGACAACUCGGGCUGUGUCGAACUGCUCCGGGGCGCUCAGCUCAACGAGCGUGCACAUCGCAAACCUGGCGGCCUCCUGGGCGUCCUCAACAAGUCGUGCUCGUCGCACAAGUCUGGCAAGAGCGGCGACAAGAAGGAGGAAGAGAUGCUCCAGGAGCUUGUGUCACGCUUCGGCGUGCACACGUCGUUCAUCGCCCCGGGCAGCCCUGAAGCCCCCGACCAGAUGACGUUUGGCGUCAACCAUUACGCUGGCAGCUGCACGUACGAUAUUCGUGGGUUCAUCGAGAAGGACACCGACAUCCUGGACUGCGCCUUCGUUACUCUUCUCCGCGGAUCCACCGAUCCCUUCAUCGCCAAGCUCAUGGCUGGCCCCAGCCUUGCGACCGAGCGCCAUUCAAAGGACGAGAGCAUCAUCGUGCAAGCCCAAGUUUCUUCCCGCCCUCUCCGUGCCCCGACCGUCAUCGCGUCGCGUGACGGCUCGAGGGUUCCCCCUGGCGAGGAGCACGCACGGCUCGAUCCCUCCAAGGUGUACCCCAUCUCCACGCAGAUCAACUAUACGCUCUCCGAAAUCAUGUGGAACCUCGACCGCGCCCACCUCUGGACCGUCUCGUGCAUCCGACCCAAUGACUCUGGCAUGGCAAACUCGUUCGACAAGCGGCGUGUCAAGGCCCAGAUCCGAGCGUUGCUCCUUCCCGAUCUCGUCGCUCGGAAGAAGCACGAUCUGAUUGUCGACUUCGAGCAGUCGACGUUUUGUGAUCGGUAUGUGCCCACCAUUCGCGGCUCGGACUCGGAGCGGAUCAGGCAGUGCGCAUCAUCCAACGGAUGGAAGGAGGGCGAAGACUACGUCAUCGGCCACCGGAUGAUCUGGCUCACGUACGCCGCGUGGAAGGUUGUCGAGGACGUUCUCCGGGCAUCAGAGAAGGACACAAAGAGGGGCGGUACGGUGGCUGACGAUGAGAGCGUCGCCGCCGACGAUGCCACGGAAUACACGCAUCAAGAGUCACUCGGUGCCCCAGGUCCCUUCUACGGCGGAGAAAGUGAGGACAACCUGCUCCUUAACCGCGGCGGUCCCCAAAGCGCACAAAGCCACAACCCUUCCUUCCCCACGCCAAGCUACCCGGAAACUCCAGGGUACAGCGAGCCUGGCGGAGGUGCGUGGGGCUAUGACUACAAGGAGCGGGCUCCGGACACACCGAACCCUUCGAAAGAGGGUGGGAUCAUCGCAAAGGCUCCAGACACCGUAGAGGAGGUUCCCACCAGCAAGACUCGCAGGUACUGGCUUUUCGUCGUGCGCUUGACGACGUGGUGGAUCCCAGCUUUUAUGUUGGCGAAGAUCGGUCGUAUGAAGCGCCCGGACAUUCAGUUGGCCUGGCGGGAGAAAAUCACCAUCUUUUGGCUCAUCUUCAUCUUCAACGGGAUUGUCAUCUUCUACAUCGUCGCAUUCGGAAAACUGCUGUGUCCUGACUUCGACAAAGCAUGGAGCCUCAAUGAGGUCGCCCAGCACACCACUGACAACAACUGGUGGGUCACCGUACAAGGCGAGGUCUACGACCUGUCCAACUUCAUCCAUGGCCAACACUCCGACGUGGCGAACCUCAAGAGUAACACGGACGACGUUCUAGAUGAGCUCGUCGGCCAGGAUUUGACCGGCUACUUCCCCAUCCCGCUCUACCUUGGCUGCUCUGACCUCGUUACUGACACGACUCUGUCCCUCACUCCGGCGAACUUCACUCCUUUGGUCUCACAAGCCAUGCACAAGUCGGGUCCCCAGGCCACCCUCAACAGCGCCAAGCUGAAAACUAACGACUGGUACACUGCAACAUUCCUUCCCAAGAUGCAGAACUACCAGAAAGGACCCCUUGUGUACACCAAAUCGGCCAUCAAAUCGGCCGCGGGUGACACCGACAAUCAGAGGUUCUGGGCUACCUACAACGACAACAUUUAUGACUUGUCGGAUUACAUCAACUCGCAGUCGCUUGAUUCGGGCAGCUUCUCGUUCAUCAACUCCGACUUAGUCGACCUAUUUCAACAGCAGCCGGGUCAGGACAUCACGAAGAGCAUGAAUUCGAUCCUGGGGCGUUUGAGCGACGGACAAGCGCAGUUCGACUGUGUCAGCCACAUGUUCUUUGUGGGCAAAGUCGAUUUUCGCCAAUCGGCCCGGUGCACCGCCCAGAAUAUCAUCUUGCUGGUCAUCUCCAUCAUUCUGAUGGUUUCCAUCGGCAUCAAGUUCUUGGCGGCGCUUCAGCUCUCACCUAAGCGUAACCCCGAGAUGCUUGACAAGUUCGUGCUCUGCCAAGUUCCGUGCUACACCGAAGGCGAGGAGUCCCUCCGCCGCACAGUCGACUCUCUCGCUGCGCUCAACUAUGACGACAAGCGCAAGCUUAUCUUUAUCAUCUGCGACGGGAACAUCAUCGGCACCGGCAACGAUCGCACGACGCCGCGCAUCGUCCUCGACAUCCUUGGUGUGGACCCGAAGCUUGACCCGGAGCCUCUCCUGUACAAGGCCAUCGGAGAAGGGUCGAAGCAGCUCAACUACGGCAAAGUGUACUCUGGUCUAUACGAGUUUGAGGGCCACGUCGUCCCGUAUAUCGUUGUCGUCAAGGUUGGCAAACCCACUGAGCGCACGAAGCCCGGUAACCGUGGCAAGCGUGACAGUCAGAUUCUCAUCAUGCAGUACCUAAACCGCGUACACUUCGACUCGCCCAUGGCUCCGCUCGAGCUCGAGAUCUACCACCAGAUGCGCAACGUCAUCGGCAUUGAUCCGGCGUUCUACGAGUACAUCUUCACUGUGGAUGCUGAUACCACGGUCACUCCUGAGUCGGUCAACCGUUUGGUCGCCUCUGCGGCGGACGACUCUAGUAUUAUCGGUAUCUGUGGUGAGACCAAGCUGGACAACGAGGAAGGGUCUUGGUGGACGAUGAUUCAGGUGUACGAGUACUACAUCUCGCACAAUUUGUCCAAGGCAUUCGAGAGUCUCUUCGGCUCCGUAACCUGUUUGCCGGGAUGUUUCUCCAUGUACAGGAUUCGUACCGCAGACAAGGGCCGGCCGAUCAUCAUCUCCAAUCGCGUCAUCGAGGAGUACGCCGAGCCCAUCGUCGACACCCUGCACAAGAAGAACCUGUUCUCCCUCGGUGAAGAUCGUUACCUCACGACGCUCCUCCUCAAACACUUCCCCACGUUCCGCACCAAGUUCACCCCUGACGCGGUCGCACACACGAUUGCUCCCGAGUCAUGGCGCGUACUGUUCUCCCAACGUCGUCGGUGGAUCAACUCGACGGUACACAACCUGUGCGAGCUCGUAUUCCUCCCUGAGCUAUUCGGUUUCUGCUGUUUCUCGAUGCGGUUCUUUGUCUUCAUCGAUCUCCUGGGCACACUCAUUCUGCCCGCCACGGUGGUCUACCUCUUCUACCUCAUCAUCGUUGUCGCCCUUGGUCAGGCUCCUCUGCCCACCCUCUCGCUCAUCAUGCUUGCGGCGGUCUAUGGUCUCCAAGCAGUGAUCUUCCUCCUCAAGCGAGAGUUCAUGCUCAUCGGUUGGAUGGUUGUCUACCUUCUCUCGUACCCCGUGUACUCGUUCUUCCUCCCCAUUUACGCCUUCUGGUGCAUGGACGACUUCAGUUGGGGUAACACUCGUCUUGUCAUCGGUGAAGGCAGCAACAAGAAGGUCAUCAUGAACGACGAAGAGAAGUACGACGACUCGAUGAUCCCUCUCAAGAAGUUUAGCGAGUAUGAGGCAGAAGCUUGGGAAACUGGUUCGCGUCAUUCCGACGAAACUGGGUACCAUAGCAAGUCGCCGUCACGUCCACCUCAAGGUUCACGCACACAUUCGCCUCGACCGAGCUAUGCUCCAUCCCAACCUGGGGCCACGGGCGACUACUACCGGGACACGAAUAUGACGAACCCGGCGGCCUCAAUGUCUCACGGGAACCACUCGCAGUCGAACCUUUCGCACUAUGGCGCGCCGCAGUCGGCAUUUGGUGCCCCUCAGCUGCCGUUCAUGGGCUUCAAUAACGGCUCCGUGCACGGUUCCGACUAUGGUGGAGCAAUGCCGAUGGCGGGCCCGAUGACCAUGUAUGGGAUGAUGCCGCCCAACGCUCCGCGGAACACAAUGAUGCCCAUGUUCACUGGUGGAGGUUCAGUACAUGGCUCGCAGGGCGGGUUCGCGCCUCCAAUGGCGCCGGGUUUGAUGGGUAUGCAGCAGAGGCCGAUGUCGACGUUUUCGCUCGCGACAACGGUGAACCCCUUCUCGAGUGGGCCGAGUCAGAGCACGGACCCUACGGACGAGGAACUCAUCAUCGCGUUGCGGGCGUAUCUGAGCACUCAGGACCUCAUGACCGUGACGAAAAAGACUGCCCGCGACGCGAUGCAGACGCGGUUCCCGAAGGCGGACUUGUCGAGUAAGAAGCAGUUCUUAAACGAAUCGAUCGACAACAUCCUGUCGCAGUCGUAG